AUGCGAUCACUGCUUGGGCACAGGAGGAGCCUCUUUUGGCUCGGUUGCCUUGCUUUGACGGCCUGGCAACCGAGGCUUUUCGCUGUCUUGACACGUGGGCCAGGCGUUGAGCAUCAGGAUGUUACUCCUUCAUCGCGCUUGACGCCACGGAUCACCGUAGAGACAGCGCCGGCUCUUUUGGCCAUCCUUGACGAUGAGCUGGACAGGCUCAGCGGCUCCAACUUGGCAGCGCUGCUACGGCGCCUGGCGAAGUUUCAGCAGAAGCGCUUGGAUUCCUCUCUCAUUGCGAAGCUGCGGGAGAUCCUCCCAAAAGCUACAAAGGCGGUGCAGAAGUCCACCAUGAGCCCCCGGGAGCUCUGUACUUGCUUUUGGGCUUCUGCCCACUUGGCGGAUGUUGCACCGGAGGCACUCAACCUCGCCAAGGUUGCUGGGAAAAAGAUCCCAGGGAAGGUUUCAUCACUGCAGCACCAGGGUCUUUCCCAGUGCUUCUGGGCGGCAGCACAUUUGCAAAGCACUUCAAAAAAAGGCGAGCAGCCUCUGCAGAAGGUGCUGAGGAAAGUGGCAGCUGCAGUAGCAAAAACUCUACCUGUGAGAGCUGCGGAGCUGAAACCGCAGGAGGUCUCGAAUUGCCUUUGGGUUUUACCAGCUCUGGCAGACCGACUGCCUGAGAAAGUGCAUGGGAUGACGCCGCAGCACCUCUCGAACUGCCUUUGGGCGACGGCUCAGCUGCGGAACCACGAGAGUGCCUUGAAGAAUGUCGAGCCCCUUGCGAAAGCGAUCCGCUCGGAAACGAAGAGGCUGAAGCCCCAAGAGCUGGCCACUUGCUUGUGUGCCUCCGCACACCUCAAGGACGUAGCGCCGGAGGUUCUUCAGCUCGUGCCCGCCGUGGCAUACUCGGCGGAGGAGUGUGAUCUGAAACCGCGAGAGCUCUCCAACUGCCUUUGGGCCUCUGCGCACCUCGUUCACGAGGCUCCAUCAGUGCUGAGCAUGGCAGGGGCACUGGCACAACGAAUUCCGGAGAGUGCACCUCGCAUGACAUCCCAGGAGGUCUCGAACUACCUCUUGGCAGUUGCGCUCCAUGAUGGCGAAGAUAGUGGGCUGACAAAGAUCGGCGACCAGACGCUUCUGGCUGGGGUCGAGCGGUUGAAGCAGCUCUUGCUGAAGCUGACGAAGCAGCAACUCUUCAUUCACGCACCCACCGUUCUGUGGGCCUGUGCCCGAGCUGGCCACAGGGAUGUGGACCUACUCACCCGCUUGGCCAAGAAAUACCAAAACCUGGCCAAACGGUUGCCCACCUGGUGCCUUGGUCGCCCUAUGCAUGUAUAUAGCUGGAUAGAUACAACCAAGUACAAACAUAAAUGA